AUGUCCUCUCCCCGCUCUCCCAACGUCAAGCUCCCCAGCAUCAAUGAAUUAUUCCCCGAGCACCUCCUUCCCCCGCCGGCUUCAAUGUCGCGCAGGUAUUCGCAAUCCUCCUCGAAAGCCAGUCCUAUUUCUCCGUAUGCCGCUGAGCCCGCUGCGAGCUAUCCGCAUACCUCCACGAGAAUAAUUGUGCCCGCUCGAGUCGGAUCCGUCAGAGCCCCAAGUCCAGUCCAUGCCGAGUAUCAUGACUCGUCUCGACGCGUCUCAAUGAACGCUCACGCCACGCCGCCGCCCGUUGCGCUCGCGAAUGACGCCCGAACCAACGGUCGCUGCACCGAGUCCUGCUGCAACCCUGACGCCCGUGCAUCCCGCGAUGUCGCCGCCAUGGCAGCUUCCCACAACAACGCCACAUCUCUGCAGGUAGCAGCCCCUUACUCAUUUGAUGUCCUCCGCCCUAAUCCGCUGACUGCUAACCUCGAGAACGUGGCCUCAAGCCACGGCGCUUCCAAGCCGCUGCGCAUCCCCGGCGCCGGUGGCUACGCUUAUCACCACAAUGCCUCCGACGGCUCUGCGGUCGACGCCAUCACAAAGUGGCGACACACCUUCCGGGUGCAGCUCCCGCUCGCCUCUCCGAUGCUGUCUCCGUCAGAGUCGUUCGCACCACAUUUCGUUCGCGCGGACGAGCACGAGGCGCCGCAUACGUUCCCUCCGAACUUUUCGGCAAACCAGUAUCUUUCCUCGCCCACCACCCCAGGAAGCGCACAGAGCUUGCAACGGCUUACACAGCCGCAGCCUGAAACGAGCGCCGGCUCGGACGAGAAGAGACAUUGCUGCCCUCAUUGCAACAAGCGCUUCAACCGACCGAGCAGCCUAAACAUUCAUGUCAAUACCCACACGGGAGCAAAGCCAUUCGAAUGCCGGUACCCCGGAUGCCACCGAAGGUUCAACGUUAAUUCCAAUAUGCGCCGCCACUAUCGCAACCACCUCAACGGACGGCGCCGUGACGCCGUCGCGCGGCUGCUUCCUCCGUCUCCAUCGCCGCCCCGCUCCUCAUCGCGGUCACGCUCGCCAGAGUCAGCGUAUCAGCCGCCAUACCCAUAUACUCAUCCGGCCUACCUGGCGCGCGAGUACGGCCGCUCUGCGUCGUCGUUCUCGGAUCCAGAGGAGUACGAGCGGCCGGAAUACGUGUACUCGGCGCGCGUAUCAGCGUCACAGGUGAAGCACGAGACGUCCGAACCGUUACUCGGCCUGCCCGAGUCAAGCCUGCGCGACGACAGGUGCCGGCUGCGCUCAAACUCGUCGCCGGUUCCGAGGUAUGGAAGCGAGCGCGACCGCGUCCGCGCGCAGAACAGCGCCUGCGUUAUUCCGGGCUGCCCGUGCGUGCCCCCGCCGAUCUCCACUGCGCUCCGCCCGGCAUUUGCAGACUACGCACCGACAUUGUCCAGGGAGGCCUAG